GACCUCCUCGUUUACUCCUGUCAUGGUUCCUUCAUGGCUCCCCAGAUGGAGACCGUGUGCUUCUGAGAGACCAGCUCAGGUCCGGUGUGGUUGGAUUGGAUGAUUUGUUUCAGCAGCAGGAUCAAGAACACAACAAGGCUGUAGAACAAGGCAACAAUAUGACUGUAGAAUGUGCCUGCGUACAGCAGCUCUUGCUUCAUCGCCACAGUGAUGGUCACCACACGUUCUGAACCGUGAGGAGCUGCAGGUUGAAGGACGUCAGUGUUUUUGUUUUAGUCAUUAAGUGGAGUUUUACCUUCAGGCAGCAUUAGUGGGUUUCAUGGCCACAGGUUCUAGAUGACACACAGGGAUUCACAUCUAAAGAUACUGGUGGUGACGAGCCUAGUGAUGUCUGACCCGAUCGACCUUUUGUCCUAAACAUGCAGCUUGUUUAACAUUUAUAGAUCCUGACUCUAACAGCUCACCGUGCUACUUAUAGCCUCUUUGCUCCGAGUCCCUGUCUACUGAUUCAGCUUCAUGGAAGUGAGUUAAUUGAGUGUGAUGCUCCUCGGCAUGUACUCGCAUUGCUGUGAGUCAGACCAACACCACGAUUUACAGGACCAGAACAUUCUGAAACAGCAGCUGGGUGUGAGACAGACGCACAGCAGCGGUUCACUGAGUGGGAUGCUUGGGCUGCGUGCACAACUGUUGUAUGACACACUCGCUCUCUGAGAGGCCCAAGGUAGCCAUCAAGUAUAAUGACCGCUAGCUGUGCGUUGCCAUGGCGAUGAAAGGGAGGAAAGAAAGGCAGUUUUAGUGGAGCUGAUCGGCGAAGGAGAAGCUGCUUCUCAGUGUCUCCUGAGGACGUUCUGACAGGAGAUGCUCCGUGUGGCUCUGGGCAGUUUAAAGCAGGGAGCGGCGCGUCAGGCCAGGCUCAAAUGUGACUUGAUCCAAGACAGAACAACUCUGAGCCUUCCCUAGAUUUAAGUAGAGGAAUGAAAGUGUUUUCUGCAUCACUGCUGCUGAUUGCCCACUCUGUGGGAUGCACAGAGAUGAUUAUUAUGGAGUCAAACCUGAUCCCUGGUUUAGCGUUUAAGACCAGAGCACCAGCCCGGUUCAAUGGGUCGUGCGUUUCUGCACAGCUCUAGUAAACCAGCGUGUGGUGGCUUAGUUGUGCUCAGAGUGAACCUGAACACUCAUGGCUGAAACAAUCACUGCAGCUGCGAAUGGCAGCAUCGUGACUGAAAGUUUUCUGACUCAUCGGCUCAUUACAGCAAAAAGAAUCUCUCUCUCUCUUUCUGUCUUUGUCUUGUUUGUUUCUCUGUCUUUCUUAGAGGUUCAGGUCAUAAUUAACCAGAACGAGUCAGAGUUUGUUUGGUCAGAGACCUUUACUGGACCCAUAUGUGACUUCAGGAAGCUUUAGUGUUCACUGGAGUCUUUUUAAAAGAGUAUUUGCUGUGUAAUGCUAGAUUUUUUUUGUCAUUUGCAGGGUCUUUAUUAACCUUUUAUUCUUUUAUCAAUAAAAAGUGGGGAAGUGAAUGAGCUCAGGUUGUCUUUAAGAAGCAGUUAGGUCUGUUUACUAAUGAAUUCAUUGCGAUGAAUUAAUGAAUGCAGUCCAAUGUAGUAUUUGAAACAACGCUUCUGUGUGUGGUUUGUCUCACUCAGCUUCUCUGCUUCUCACGUGAUGUGAGGCUCAGGAUCAACAACGUAGAGGCUGUUAUUCCUGCUCUGGUUUCUCUGGCUGUGCUCGUGGGCGUUCAGCUGCAGGUCUGCCCUGGUGCGACCACAGAGCCGUCUGCAUGUGGCCUGGGGUGGUGCUGCAGCCCCCGAAGGCUGUGCUCAACCCACAGACCUGUCUGUCCAGGUCCCAUGAGCCAUAGAGUUGGGAUAGAAUAUCUCCUCUGUGGUGGUGUGAGUAGGAAUGAUGGAGAGGGAUCACCUCUACUGCUGCACAGCCAGUCAGAGCCGGGGAACUGUCACUGUGUGACACCAACGAGGCACUAAUGCAGCAUUUUCCUUGAUGGAUUCGAGUCAUUUCCUCGCUGUCUCCCUCUGAGAAGCUGCUGAAAACUCCCACACACUCAUAAAGGUUGGGAGGACGCACACAAGCACACAAAGCAUUGUGUCCGGUCAUGCUGAACUGCCGAAUCGUGACUUGACCACCAGGAUGUUUUCUGGCCGCUGUGAUCAGGAUUUUUAUUCGGCUAAUCAAAGCCAGUGUGAGUGAGCUGUUGGGUGGUAAUGACCUGUAAUCACAGGCUCGCUGAGGCGUCUGCUGUUGUUGUGGUUUGAUCUGACAGAGCCUGUUCUGUUAGUGACGCUGCUCCUGUUCUCCAGCGUCAGACGUUCCAGCUGUGCUCCCUGUGUUUAACAGUUAGCUGCAUCUGCUAAGCUCGGCGCUUUCUGAUGCCUGGAGUCCUGAACGGUGGCUCCACGUUGCUGGCAUCCAGCUCCUCAUCUUUAACGUGGUGGCCUGUCAGUCCGUCUGUGACGUCUCUAUGGCUCUGGGCUUAAUAUUUGAUCACUCAACUUUCUUCUCAAUGUGUACUUCAACAGGAUGGUUUUUGUAGGUGCUGGUGUCAGCCUCCUAGCUCCUCCACCUCCUGCGGAAAAUUCCUCCUCCACAGCUCAUUAACACAAAGUACAGGAUCCGUCUCUGAGCCAAAUGUCCACAUUUGUUGUGCGUUUAAAUAAUAAUCAUGUUAUUCUGAAUUCAGACACACAUAGACGCUGCUGAAUGAAUGUCGCCUCCCUGGUCUCACGUGUGGAGAACAUCCUGUUCUCUGCGGCAGCAUCAGACUCGAGGAAGAGUCGAGUUCACACCUCCACAUCAUCUUCAUUUCAGAGAGGAACCUCACUGACAACACCGCGUCGUUUGACGUACAAGACGACACUGCCGCCAUACCACCACCUGUAACCUGUCACAAAUCAGCCACAUCUGGGAUCCUCAGCAAGGAAAUGCCCAGAUGUUUCCUAUUUGAUCACAGCUUCCGUCAUUUGAACAUUGAGUAUUAUGACAAAAGCUCAGUUGGUCUGAAUCAACAGAAACAGAGGUCACUGACCACAAACAGAAGGAGCCUCAGCCGGAUGAUCGAGUUUUCCCCCAUCUGCUAAAGAGAGAAAAUAUUCAAAUGAGGGAUUAAACAUCUGCAUGUUGAAGCGGCUGCUCCCUGUGUCCGUCCCUGCCCCCUCCUCCCGUCUCCUUCACCUGUUGGUCCUCAUGGGCUCCAUGGAAACUGAUGCUGAGGCAGUGCUGAGCCAAUCGCCGCUACCACGUCCGCCUUGGCUGCUGCUUCGCCGGCUCAGUUUGUGGUGGUGAACCUGAGUGUUUGUUGGUGGUGUUUCAGGCUCUGAUAGAGACGCUGUGAGGUGACGCCCAGCUCUGAGCGGACAGACGUGACGGCUGACUGUGGUACCUGAUGCUGCUUCUGUCUCUGCUGCACUGGUUUAGCUGAGGGGAGGUCUGUAAUUUUCCACAGUGUAAAGUGGAGCAGGUGGAAACUGAGGAAUCCAAUGGUUCAAGCUCGCUGCGACCUUUGACCUGCGACAAUCGCUGAACCUGUUAGACCAAAGCACCAAACUCAGUAAAGGCUUUUCUCUCUCUCUGUUUUUGGAAGAUAAUUAUGAGCGAGCUAGGGCGUGAGAAAUGCUGAGUCAGACACUGAUAUUUCUGCAUUUUUUAAGCAUUUUCUGGACUUUAGACGAGCAGCCUGUGUUUGCACAUGCAUUAUUCCAGUGACCGUGAGCAGAGCUGAGGUGGAUCAGCGCAGACACACACCACUUCCUGUGUGCAGUUACUCCAAACGUCCUCCGGUUGCUGUGACUUCUCCGCAUCCUCUGCAGGAGGCGUCUGCACACGCAGCGAGGCAGAGUGGUCCAGUGUGAGCUGCUGCUGCUCAGGCGCGUCGCCUGCUUUCAGUUUAACAAAUCUAACUGUCACAUGGGGAAUCUUGAUGUGUCACUCUAAAUAGUGGACAUCAUGUUUGUUUCAUUGCAGAUGCUGAUGUGUUAUGACAUCAAGCGGCUCCUCAGCCUCCUGGCUUUUAUUAGCUGUUAUUGCCACUUUCUGCUUCUGCCUGUGUUGCUGCAGUGACUCUGUUUCCUCUUCAGCAUCAGUAAAUUUAAUCUCCUGCUCAGCUCCUCGCACUGUCACCUCCCCUCGCUCCCCACUUUUGUUCUCAGCCUUUUCAGAGCCUGAAGCGGCUGCUGCCCCUCCUCCAUCAGGGUCCACGCUGUCACUGCAUUGUGUGUGUGCGCUCCCACUUACAGUCACUUUCCUCCCCCAUGCGCCCAUCACGCUUUCCUUCUCAAACAUGCCUGCCUCAUUAUUCCCCUCCCUCCCUCUCCUCUCAUUCACUCACUCUGUUGCUCUGCACUGUGCUUGUGUCGCUGCGCCGCGAUGCGCUCGCCGUUGAACAGGUGUUCGGCUCAGUCAGCUCCAGAGUAGGGAGCAGUUAGAGACGCACACCCUGAGCCCAGCGCCACAUCUGGGUACAGCUGGGACAUGAUCCAGAGCCGCGGAGAGCCGGGGGCAGCCGGGAGGCAUCAGUCAGAGAGGUUUAGCCCAGCAGACGAGGCUCUGACGCUGGGAUAGGUCUGCUGCUGAACAGCCUGUUGUGCUUCCUCUGGAGCAUCCUUGUGUUUCCUCCCAGGGUUUCCAGUCCAGCAGUAAGAUCUCCUGUUUGGCCCAGAGGUGGAACCAGCGACCUGCAGGAGAAGCUCUGAUUAGAGAGCUGGCACCUCUGUUCCAUACAGGAGUGUCCAGAUCCUCACCCAGCCUGGACAGCAGACGUUUCCCAGCUGUUAUGACCCAGCAGAUGCAGAACCUGCAGUUGUCCCAGACCAGGAAGUGCCCCGGCGGGCCAGCGUCUCCCAACGCCGCCAAGCGCCUUUACCGGAACCUGUCAGAGAAGUUCAGAGGAAGCACGUCCUCCUUCGAGGAUGCCUACUUCUUUGGCAAGACGGACCGACUGCGCAAAGCCUCGACGAUGCAGGGCAGUGACUGUAUCUUCGAGGCGGUGGAGCAGCAGGACCUGGACACGGUGCAGAUCCUCCUGUACCAGUUUUCAGCCGAGGAGCUGGACCUAAACACCCCGAACAGCCAAGGCCUGACGCCGCUCGACAUCGCCAUCAUGACCAACAACACGCCCAUCGCCAAACUGCUGCUAAAGGCCGGCGGCAAGGAGAGUCCCCACUUUGUGAGCGUGGAGAGCCGGGAGGCCCACCUGAGCUCCCUGGUGGUGGAGGCGGAGCGGCGGGCGGCAGACCUGGCGGCUCAGGCCCAGAGGGACGGACUCUCUCUAGAGGCCUGCCACAAAGACAAGCAGCUAAGAGCCUGGGAGUGGAGGAGCAAACUGUACAAACGCAUGAGGACGGGCUUCCAACACGCAUGUCCCCCAGAGGCCCCGUCCAUGGUGCGUCUGAGUGUGAGCAGCAGCGCUACACUGACCGUCACGUUCCAGGAGCCGCAGGGCCUUCAAUCCACCGUGGUGACCAGGUACAGAGUGGAGUGGAGCUGCCUGAAGGACUUCUCGCUGCUGGCUGGAGAGACGGUGCUGGAUGAGCUGCAGACCCUCAGAUGCACUAUCAGCGGCCUGACCACGGGUCGACUGUACUACGUGCGUGUGUCAGCCUACAACAUGAAGGGCUGGGGACCUCCUGCCUCCUCCCUCCCUCCGUCUGCGGCUCCUUCCAACUGGAGGGAGAGUGAGGGCUGCGAGCCCCGGAGGCGAGGCCACAUCGAGGCCAUGGAGCGACUGCUGCAGCAGGUCCGAGCAACGCACACACACUACUGCUGCGGGGAUCCAUCCAAGCUGCAGAACCCAAGCAGGAAGCAGUCUGUCUCUAGGAGCCUCAAACACCUCUUCAACUCCUCCAACAAGUUUGUGAAGACACUGAAAAGGGGCGUCUACCUGGCCGCUGUGUUUUACCAUAAGGACAGCUUACUGGUAACGGCCGAGGACCAGAUCCCCAUCGUAGAGGUGGACGACUCCUACAGCAGCUCUCUCAUGCAGGACUUCCUCUGGUUCACCAAGCUGUCCUGCAUGUGGGAGGACGUCCGGUGGCUGAGACAGAGCACGUCUGUGUCCAUGUCCUCAUCCACCACCCUGCAGGCCAGGCACAAGAUGCUGACCGCCGCCGGCCAGAUGCAGAACCUCCUGGGAACCCACAACCUGGGUCGAGUCCACUACGAGCCCAUCAAGGAUCGCCACGGCAAUGUGCUGCUGGUGACGAUCCGUGACGUAGAGAGCCAGCACUCGCUGCUGAGCGGGAAGUGGAUGCAGGUGACCAAGCUGCAGAGCCAGAGGAAGUCCUUGUCCACACCAGAGGAGCCGUACGCCCUCGACAUCCUCAUCAUUACCAUGCAGGACAUCCUGGCGUACCAGCGGCGCAGCGCUCACCGCCUGGCACCGGGCCUCUACCUGGGCUACCUGAAGCUCAGCAGCUCUGUGGACCAGAUCAAGGUCCUCGUGUCCCAGCGCGCCCCAAACAUGCUGUGUCACACCCGCAUCCGAGAUAAUGGCAACGUCUCCAGGGAGGAGUGGGAUUGGAUCCAGACGCUAGCAGCUGCAGAGAGGGAGCACGGCAGUGGGGAGAGCCAGGAGGCCUGGGCAGAAAGCCACGCCCCACUACUUUACUACGAGCUGCAGACGGCCAUCAAGUCCCUGCUGAAGCACAUCAACCUACCUCUGCACCAGGCCCGUCACUUCCGUCUCUACAGUCAGGAGGUGGUGGAGCUGGGUCACGGCGUCUCCUUCCUGCUGCUGCUGCCGCCGGCCGACGAUGUCUGCUCCGCCCCUGGACAGUCUAACCCCUACACGCCUCUGUCAGGCUUCCUCCACCUGCCGCUGCAGAUGUUUGAGCUGGUUCACUUCUGCUCCUACAAAGAGAAGUUCAUCAGCCUGUACUGCCGUCUAUCCUCCGUCCUGGACCUGGAUGCCCUCAUUACCCAGCAGGCAUUGCGUGAGGCCAUCACCGACAGUGAGGUGGUCACAGCCAAGCAGAGGCAUCAGCUCAUCCUGGACUACAUCCAGCAGCUGGAUGAGAUGCGCCGCGACCUUCGCUGGAUCACCGAUGCCCUGCAGUAUGCUCGCUACAAGCAGCCGCGGGGCGGCGUGCCCAUCACCUGUCUGGUGGACGCCAACGCUCCAGAGAGCGACCCCGGCCAGCAAAAGACAGACUCUACCUCUUCAACCAUGGACUACCCGCCUACACCGUCCCCAUCACCUGAGCUGCGCAGGAGGAAAGUCGUUAGCGACUCCCUGUUCGGCUCAGAUGAGGAAGGCUUCUCUGAGGUCUUCCUACCCACAGAUAGUGACUACGACUCCAGCGAUGCCCUGAGCCCCCGAGAGCUGGACCUGCUCUACUCUCCGUCCCAGGAUCUGUCCCAGCAGGCCGUUCACUCGCUGGGAGGCAGCGCACCAGAUGUGCUUCAAAUCCAUGAGCUCAGGUACAGUGUCUGUCUGCCCAAAGACCUUCCCAUCUCCCCCGUGGCCAAGAAUCCCAAAUCCCAGGAACCCUCUCCCUCAUCACCUCUCCUCCCUCAUUCUCCCUCCCUGUCCAAAGACUUGCCUCACUCUACUUCCAGUCGACCUCGAUCUCCCUUUCUCUCCAGGACCCUGCCCACAUCUCCGUCCCUGCCCCUGUCCCCUAAAUUCUCCAGAGACCUGCCUCUGUCGCUCCCCCUGUCUCCAUCACUGACUGACACCACCAAGACUCUGGAAGGCCUCUCCCUGUCCAAGAGCCACCAGGAGGGAGUUGCUCCUCUGAGGGCCCUUGCCAACCCCCCUGCCAAACGCAAACUGCUUUCCAGAAGCCACAGGGGUCAGUAUUUCAGCGGCCCUCAGCGGUGGCUCAGGGGCCACAGUGGAGAGAGUCAUACUGGAUCUCUCUCUGAGGGUGUGUACACCAGGCAGCUUGACCCCGACCUGCCUUCCUCUGGGGAUCUGCCGGCCCCACAAGGAGCCCCCUACAUCAGCCACGCCUCUUGUACCCUCGAGAGCCAGAAGGGACGACAUCGGGAGCCCAGACCCCAUGUCCGCAGGAUCUUUGUGGAGACCUUUAGGGACCCGUCACCAGGACCCAGGAGGAGGGGUCAUGAAGAGGAGCAGGUGAAGGCUGCAGGUGUGUCUGUGGUUGUGGCACAGGUGGAUUCAGGGGAGGACGAAGAACCAGAGGGAGCUGCUGCACAGGAAGUGGACUCGGAUGAGCAAACCAAUGCCCAGGACAACCAAAGCCCAGCACCUCCUACGGUAGCACGGUUCCCUCACACCAUGUGGGUCUAGGAUGCGAAGGUGGGGACGUCCAUCAGAAGUCAGAUGCAUGCUGCCAAAACAACCACUUGAUCCUUUUAAACACUGGACUUUUGAAAAAUGCCCAGUGUAGCUUAAAAUAGCCUGGAUGUCAGCCUGGCAGAUAUCAGCAGUCGGGUCUUCAUCGCUCUACCACAGUGACGGUAGGCCGGGCGUGUUACAAGGGCUGAUAAUAAGCAGCCAUCUCACCUCUCCAUAGAUUGUAAUUUAAAGUUGCUGGUUCAACUCCGCCAAGCCUCAGAAAUCAUGGCAUCGACUGUUACAAAGGUAAUAAUAAUCAAUGCAACGAUAAACCAAGCACUGCUUCUUCAACCAAGACCUUUGCACGCAACUCUGCACAGCGACCAAAAAAAGGUGGUUUGGUUGUUGCUGGUUCCCACUUUAGUUAAAUUCCGUCAGACUCUUGCAUUGACUAUUAUGUUUCUGUGGCCCCGUCUCCAAAGCAUGGAUUCUCCUCUACUUGAAGUUAAUGUACAGUUCAGUCUGCUCGUCUGUGCUCAUGUCUUUAAACCAGUGUUAUGAGCUGCUAACCUCGUGGUCAGGAACUACUACCACUACAACCUAAAACAUGAAGUAUUUUUCUAUUCUUGGAUUCAAAGUGUACUAACUUAUCUUGAAUGUGGACAAAUGAAGCGAUGAGCCAAAACAUUUGCUUUAUCUGUGGCUGGUCCUUCGCGCACAGCUGAGUCCUCCCAACAUCUGGCCCCAAGACGUGAGCAGCCGAUUGACACUGGUGUUUAGCAACAGCCAAAUGGAGUUAGGGUUACAAAAGAUGAACUAAAUGAAAUGACCACAGCCUACCUUGUGUUAGCCGACGUCUGUCGUGAGGUCUGUCUUCAGGCUUUUCAACUCUCUCUGUUUUUGGUCACGUGUCAGUGCUCUCACCUUCUGAUCUCUGCACAGAUUGGUCACCUCCUGUCUGAUGCCUCCCUGACAUUUACGGGGUGAUCAGCCUCACUGCCAUGUCUUGGCACAUCGAUGUAGUCCCAGCGUACUUUGUUGGCAUGACGUAGUUUGUAGCUGUUUUUCCUUUGGACUGAAGCUUUGUGUCCAGUUUGUGCCUCCUCCUGCAUGAUGAUGUCGGGGGUCAGGGUCUGCACUUUCCCCUUGGACUUGCUGUGCAGUCGGACCGGACUGUGAAUGUGUUGUGCUGUUGUGUUGACUUUUGGUUGAGCUUCUUAUGUUGUGACAUCCACAGUUAGUGUAGUGUUUCCUCCGAGCCUAGUGGUGUGUUUGUUUUUAUUUUUUACGUCUGAGAGCUGUUUGAACAUGCACAGAUUUCUAACAUGUAUGCACAGUGUUUUAAAAGUGCGUUUUUAAUGUUUGCACAAUGUUUGCAAUUGUGGAAUAAAAGCUAAUUGACCCUUUGACGCAGUUAACUCAGUCGCUUUAAUAUCUUUGGAAAUGUCUCAGAUGGACGUUUAUGAAUUGUUGUGUUCAAUGAUCUAAAGUAUAGAUGACAGAAGGAAGUGAAGCAUUGAAAUGCAGUGAUUUGCAUGCAAAGUGUUUAGCAGGAAAAUAUCAAUAUUAGACUCCAUCUAAACAGUUAAACUAGGGCAUGUGACUACCUUAACUUAGCAUAGAGGAGGCCAUCCCAGCUAUGCUACUGGAGCGGCGCAUGAUUGGCCUAGCUCAGCAUAGAGGAGCUCAGCACUGCUAGGCUACAGGGGCAACGUUUGAUUAGCUUAGCUUAGCAUAGAGGAAGUCAGCACUGUUAGGCUACUGGGACAGUGUGUGAUUAGCUUAGCUUAGCAUAGAGGAGCUCAGCACUGCUAGGCUACAGGGGCAACGUUUGAUUAGCUUAGCUUAGCAUAGAGGAAGUCAGCACUGUUAGGCUACUGGGGCAGUGUGUGAUUAGCUUAGCUUAGCAUAGAGGAGCUCAGCACUGUUGGGCUACUGGGGCAGUGUGUGAUUAGCUUAACUUAGCAUAGAGGAGCUCAGCACUGUUAGGCUACGGAGUAGCGUGUGAUUAGCCUAGCUUAGCAUAGAGGAGGUCAGCACUGUUACUAGGCUACAGGGGCAGCUCGUGAAUAGCCUUAUCUGUGCGUAUUUACAAUACUGCUGUACUUGGAGUACUACAUUACUUGGAGUACUUUCUGUACUACAGUACUCACCAGCAUAGAGAUGACAGACCUUAUCUUACUCAGGAUGGUUCUGAGGCAACAUGUGAAGCAGACUCUAACGCUGGUCUUGGCUCUAGACUCUAGUGUUCCAUUACGCUGUGUUGCUGUUUGUGCAUCAGUGUAAGCUGAGAUCAGAUGACGAGGUUUGUCUCUUGUGUCCUGUAGCUGAAGCUUGUUUGACCCGUGUCGGUGCCUGCUGGGUUCUGUCGUCAGUGGCCUCCGGUCGACAUCUGUCCACUUGAACCACAUGGACUGUAUUUAUUGGUGCAACGUGUGUUUUAUGGUCUGUUUUUUUUAGUGUGUAACUGAAAUAAAGUGUCUCGUGUGGAUGCUGUGCACUUAAA